CAGCUGCUUUAGCGGGAAACCGGUAGUCUUCGGCCUCUCCAAGCUAUUUCGUUUCGUUACAUAGCCACCAUGCUACUAAACUACAACCACAUUCUAGCUAGCAUACGUCGGCGUUUUUAAAAACGACCUACCGGCGUCGUCUUUCUCGAAUCUCAAGACUAUUUUGAGCCGGUGCUCUUUACUGUCAGGUCGAGGAGCCAAGAAAAAAAGUUGAGCCGCGCGUGCCGGCGAGCAAAAAAUAUAUAUAUAUCUGUAAGAACCGGAGUCGGACAUAAGGCUUCCCGCAACCAGACAUGAGAUAGCCCGGCCAAGAUGAGCCAAUACAACCUGGAACGUUUCCGUUUUCAAAAGUCGCCAGCAUGCAAAGUGACCCCCGAGUCCGAGAAGGAGAAUAAGCCGGCUCAAAUGAAAUCCAAUAAUUCCCAUUCGUCAAAGUCGCAUGCCCGAGGAGUGGUUUUUGAAGACGUCUCUGACGAUGACCACCCGCUGAGGAAAGUCUCCUUCUCAAGGAAAUCAAGGGAUCCUAUUUUCAAACAGUCUUCAAAUGAUGAAAACGAAGAGGAAAAAAGUCAAAAAGAGUUAAGACUCUCCGAGAUGUUCCCUCAUUUGUCAAGGAAAAAGCUCUCAGAGGUUGUUGGGAGUACGAGCACACUGGAUGGCGCUAUUGCCAAGUGUCUUCUUAUUUCUGAUGAUGAAGACACCGACUGUGUCGGGAUGAGAAAACUCGAUGUAUCCGACAGCUCACUGGAGAGCGGGGAGACUCAACCCUACCAAAGGAGGAAACAAUCAGGGGUAGUUGGAAGUACAAGCACUCAGCAUGGAAGUGUUGAUGAUUGUCUGGUGAUUUCUGAUGAUGACGACGACACAGAAUAUGUUAGUAAGAGAAAGCAGGAUGAAUCUGACACGUCAUUGGAGAGCGGUGAGACUCAACCCUACAAAAGGAGGAAGCGAUCAGAGGUGUCUGAAGAUGAAGCGGAAUACACUGACGAUGAUGAUCAGGAUGGUGGAGACGAACCGAGUUGGGAGAAGCAGGAGGUGAUGGUCAAAAGGCUACAGAACAAGUUCCCCAAUCAGGACAAGGAGGAGUUGCGGGUGGUGCUUCAGGAACACAAUUGGGAUUUCACCGAGGCUCUGCAGGCUCUACUAAUGUUCUCCGGCUCAGAUGACGUCAGCUUAAGCGGUGACGAAUACCCACCAAAUAAAUCCCACCAUUCCAAGUGCAAAGAGAAGUCAGUCAAGGAGCAAAGCAAAGUGCACCAGAUUGGAUCUUGUGACGACAAAAUGAAUGCCAAGGAAUGCGAAACGUUUCAUGCGAAUGAUACUCACGACAGCUCAGAGGAUACAGUGGAUAGCGACGACUAUUCAGCUGAAGAGGAGAUCAAACAUUCCAAUUCCACCCUCUCCACAUGGAUUUCAAAAGACUUGUCCUCCUCUGUCAAAAGAACUACUUCUUAUCAGAAGCCAUCCUGCUCCUCCCCGUCCUCUGCCGCACAGAUGCUGUCCAAGUUUUCCAGCGGGACCAGUAUGGCCAAGAAGCUAGCCGAAGAGCGAAAGCGGAUAGCCCGCGCCAAUGAAAAGCACUUCAGCUCUGAUGACGACGCAGACGAUGCGGACAGCAGCGACCGUGACAGUUGCGAUGAUGAGUUUACAAACAUGGGAGGCUUGAAGGAAGAGAUCCUCAAGUUCUUUGAGGAGGCCACCAUCGACGAGCUGGCGCUCAUUUCUGGGUGUUCUGUGAAAAAAGCCAAAAAGAUCAUCGAGCUUCGACCCUUUAAAAACUGGCUGAGCCUGACCAGCCAAAUGCAAAAGAGCAACGGGCUGUCAGAGGACCUAGUGCUGGGCUGCAAAACUGUUCUGAAAGGGCGCAACAUUGUUCAGGGCCUCAUGUCCAAAUGUGAGACCAUCUCCUCCAAGAUGGUUCAGCAGGUCACAGAAGUGAUGCAGGCUGGCACGGGGGAAAUGCUACAGCCCAGGCUGCUCAAUAGCCAGCUCCAGCUGAAACCCUAUCAGAUGAUCGGUCUGAAAUGGCUGCUGCUCUUGCACGAGCACAACUUGAGCGGUAUCCUCGCCGAUGAGAUGGGUUUGGGGAAAACCAUCCAAGCUAUUGCCUUCUUGGCCCAUUUAUUGCAGAAUGGAACAGAGGCUCCUCACCUCAUCAUUGUGCCUGCCUCUACACUUGAUAACUGGGUCAGAGAACUACAAAUGUGGUGUCCCCGUCUUAAAGUUUUAGUGUAUUAUGGUUCUGCGGAGGACCGCCAAUACCUCAAGCGCGACAUCCUCGAUGACGCCAUUGAAUUCAACGUCCUUGUCACCACGUACAACUUUGCCAUUGGGAACCCCAAUGACCGCGGUCUGUUUCGCAAGCUUCAUCUUGCGUAUGCCAUCUUUGACGAGGGUCACAUGCUGAAGAACAUGAACACGUUGCGCUACCGCCACCUCAUGUCGAUCAAUGCGGAGCAUCGCUUGCUGCUCACUGGCACACCAUUACAAAACAACCUCUUAGAACUGAUGUCGCUCCUCAACUUCAUCAUGCCAUCCAUGUUUUCGAGCUCCACGACAGAGCUCUCCAAGAUGUUUUCUAUGAAGUCCCAGGAGGAUCGGAGUCAAUUCGAGAGAGAGCGCAUCUCUCAGGCCAAACGCAUUAUGAAACCUUUCAUCCUUCGAAGAAUUAAGAGUGAUGUCCUCAAGCAACUACCUGAAAAGGAAGAAAAGGUUGAGUUCUGUUCCAUGAGUGAAAAGCAGCAGGUUCUCUACCAGACCCUCUUGAAAAAACUCAAAGCUUCCAAACGCAGCGACAAGCGCGAGUUGUCUAACGUCCUGAUGCAGUUAAGAAAGAUGGCCAACCACCCUCUGCUACAUCGACAGUACUACACGACAGAGAAGCUGACGGCCAUGAGCAAACUCAUGCUCAAGGAGCCGACUCACCACGAUGCAAAUGCUGCGUUGAUCCAAGAGGACAUGGAGGCGAUGUCUGACUUUGAGCUGCAUCGUUUGUGUCAGCAAUACUCAUCCAUCGGCUCCUAUCAGCUGGACAACAGUCUGCUCCUCGAUUCUGGGAAGUUCCACUGGCUGACGGAGAAGCUGGCGUCACUCAAAGACAAGGGAGACAGAGUUGUUCUAUUCAGUCAGUUCGUCAUGGUGCUGGACAUCGUCGAGGAACUGAUGAAACACCUCAAGCAUCGUUACAUUCGAAUGGACGGCUCCACGCCAAUAGCAGACAGAAUUGUGCUGAUCGACGAGUUCAACGACGACGCCGACAUAUUUGUAUUCCUGCUUUCGACCCGCGCGGGUGGCCUCGGCAUCAACCUCACGUCAGCAAACGUCGUCAUCCUGCACGACAUUGAUUGGAACCCCUACAAUGAUAAGCAGGCUGAGGACCGCUGCCAUCGAUUGGGUCAGACCAGGACUGUCCAGGUCAUCAAGCUGAUCAGUAAAGAUAGCAUUGAGGACGCUAUACUGCAGCUGAGCCAGAAGAAACUCAAACUGGAGCAGGACAUGACAGCUGCUGAACAGAGUGAUGAAGGGACCAUACCUGAAGAUAUGGCAUCUUUGCUCAAAGCGUCACUGGGACUGUGAUAUUCAGUCACAUAAAACUUGAAACUUGAGGUGAAAUUUUAAAAAAAUUGUUACUUAGUUCACUGAGGGCAGGGCUGGGAUUUGACUAAAGACGCAGUGAAACUCAAGACAAAAACUGCUGACCACCUUU